UACAGACGACGCUCCGAAAACGCAGUGCGAGUUUAGGAAAACAAAACCGAAAAAGGAUACGGAAAUCUGGCUUUCUGGAGUGUCCUGUUGCGGAUGAAAACCAGUCACUGCCGGCUACCGCUGGUGGGGACGCACAAGCACCCGGCAAGAGGUGUUCCGGAACGAAUGGUAAAAGGCAGCGGGCUGUAGUUUCGUGUGCACUCCCUUCUGGAAAAUGGCAACCAAUCAUCCUACGGGCGCGGUGCCGGUAGCCGCAGCUGUGGCCGCCGCUCCGAAUACGGCGACUGCGCAAGCGGCUGCAGCGUCUCCCAACUUCGAUGCGAUGCAAAUGGGCCACUACCGAAGCUACGUGAACAUGCUUGCGGACACCAGCUCAAAGGAUGAGUUCAAACUGAAGGCAGCACAGGAGCUGAGCGAACACUUCGAGCUCAUUACGCAGUGUAGCGGCUUCCCGAGCUUCCUCGAGCUUGCGAUGCGUGUAUUUCUGAAGGUGCUCCAAGAGAACGAACCAAUGUUUAUCACGGAAUUCAGCAUGCAACAGGUUCGCAAACUGAUUCUCGAGAUGAUCCAUCGGCUGCCGAACUCGGAGCACGUCCGCCAGUACGUGAAACCGAUCAUCGUACUCAUGAUCAAGUUGCUGCACACGGAAAACGAAGAGAACGUUCUGGUGUGCCUGCGAAUCCUGAUUGACAUUCACAAACAGUAUCGGCCACCGUUCCACACGGAAAUAUUGGACUUCCUGUCGUAUCUUAAGAAGAUCUACACGGAUCUACCGAAGAACAUGCCCGCGAUGCUCGAACCAAGGCAAUCGAUUAAGCUGAAGGAUCUGAAAGAUCUCAAUCUAGACACACUGUUGCCAGAGAUUUUCACGCUCACGCCCUUACAGGUGGAAAAGAAGAUGCCGGAUGGAAAGAUUUCUCACUCAUCGUACAAUCUAAUUCCGAAAGGAAUCAACUCCCUAAAGGUCUUGCAGGAGCUGCCAAUCAUCGUGGUGCUAAUGUAUCAGAUCUACAAGCAAAACCUACACCAGGAGGUGGCCGAAUUCGUGCCAUUAGUCAUGAACACGAUUAGUCUGCAGCCAACCAGUGCUCACAAAGCAUCGCCUGGGUUUAAUAAGGAGAUUUAUGUCGAUUUUAUGGGCGCUCAGAUUAAAACGCUCACCUUCUCGGCCUACAUUAUGCGCCUGUUUCCCGAAAACGUACAAACGCACGCCAGCACGAUGGUUAAGGGCAUGAUCAAUCUGCUGGAGAACUGCCCGAAGGAGGUGGCCAGUCUGCGGAAGGAGCUGCUUGUAGCCUCUCGCCAUAUACUACAGACGGAAUUUCGGAAUCAUUUUGUGCCAACCAUUGAGAAACUGUUCGAUGAUGAUGUACUGCUGGGGAAGGGCUGGACCACUCACGAGAAUCUGCGCCCUCUGGCCUACUCAACACUGGCCGAUCUGGUGCAUCACAUCCGGCAACAUCUUAGCCUGCAGGCUCUCUCGAAGGCGGUGCAUCUGUUCGCGAAAAACAUACACGAUGAGUCACUCCCGACGAGCAUUCAAACGAUGUCCUGCAAGUUGCUGCUCAAUCUCGUCGAGUGCAUACGGCAGAAGAGUGAGGCGGAACCGGUGGCAUCGCGCGAGCUACUCAUUACGAUGUUGCGCGUGUUUACGGUCAAAUUCCAAACCAUAUCGAAGCAGCAGCUACCACAAUUGAUGCAGAAAUGGAAAGGCAAACCGACCGAUGGCCAGACAGUGGAUCCGGCGGUGAAAGACGUACUAGCGGAUGGUGGUACGGGCGUGGAUGGCGUAGGACAACGAGCAACAAGCAUUGGGCUACCCGUACCGAGCAAUCUGAACGUUUCCGAGUAUCGCAGCUUGAUCAAGACGCUCGUUUGUGGCGUGAAGACGAUAACGUGGGGCUGUCCAGCUCCGAAAACACUUGGCGAACAUCAAACCAGCCCGGCAAAGCUGUUCAAUCCGAGUGAGAUACUGAUCUUUAUCGAUCUGUUCCACUGGGCACUGGAGGCGCUUGACAUCUACACGAUCAACAUACCGGCCCCGGGUAUGGGCGGAACACCGACCGCCCAGCCUGCCUCGAAACAAACGCUACAGAUGCCACGCUCGAAGGAGGAAAAAGAAGUGAUGGAGCAUUUUAGCGGUGUGUUUCUCACGAUGGAUCCGCAGAAUUUCCAGGAAAUCUUUGCCUCCACGAUCGACUUUAUGGUGGAUCGAUUGUACAAGAACAACACGCUCCAGGUGAUCGCCAAUUCAUUCCUGGCGAACCCUAAAACGUCCCCACUGUUCGCGACGGUACUGGUCGAGUAUCUGCUCGAGCGGAUGGACGAGAUGGGCGUUAACAUCGAUCGGUCCAAUCUGUACCUGCGCCUAUUCAAGCUCGUGUUUGGUAGCGUUAGCCUUUUCGCGGCCGAGAACGAACAUAUGCUGCGACCACACCUGCACAACAUCGUGAACCGCUCGAUGGAACUGGCAAUGACGGCAAAGGAACCGUACAACUAC